AUAUUUUUCGGAUCUAUUAUCAAUGUUAGGUUACUUCCCAGUGUUAUUUGCCUUAUCGCCUUUCAGUGUAGUAUAUAAAGUUACUUUCGAUACAAUAAAUGUUUGUAAACUUUUUAUUGUGUCGUGAAUGUUGUGAUGAUACGGACAUUUUCAGUUACACAUUUUCCGUUUAUUGGAUACAUGAAAAGAGAUCAAAGUUCAUCCCUGACCGGUAGAGAUCAAAUAAAUCGAUAAUGCCUCUAACGGACAUUAUUCGACGGGCAUCGACCUACAUUCUUGGUCCUGAAGAGGAUACUUUAAAAACUCCAGAAUAUGAGGACAAUGAGAUUCUCUUUUGUAAGAACAACAUCUGCGUUCAUCCUCCUGCAACAGCGAGACAUGACAAUGAUCUGCAUAAUCCCGGUUAUCUAACCAUAACUACAAAGGUUUUCAUUGAUCAAUAUAAUGAUACUCGAAGGCCUACGCUUUUCUUGACGUGGAUACCGAAUUCUUCUAUCACGAAAAACACCAACUUAAUUGGUACACCUUUAAAGCACUACAACAAGAGAUAUAGUUUGGAAAGUUUAACGUCGAAUGAUUCCAACGACUUUGGCAUCGAGAGGCAUUCCGUUGUGGAGUUUAAGAGUACUAAUCCUUUCUUAAACUACGAUGACAGAGAUCGCCUGGAUAUGUCCGAUAUAAGCUCAGAGGGAAGCGACAAGCAGGGAAUCAGCAUUAACGUGGAUAUUUCUAAUCCUGAGAUAGAAAUAAUACAAACACCCGAUAGCGUUAAGGAUCCCGGAGACUAUUUUGAGUUUUCGAGAUCAGAAUCAGUAACUUCUUCAGACAGUCAAUCAAACUGGCUAUCAACACCAGAAUAUUUAAUGCAACAGCACAAUCUAUACUUUCCAGAUAGCGUUAGUAAUUCACCCAUUUUGCAGCCGAAACAGGUUCACAAAUGUAGAAGAUUUAGCGUAGAUCUCAGCCAAAUGCGGUCUCUUAGAUUAUUUUUUAGUGACAAUAGUUGCACAUGUGGACAACUCGUCGUAGCUUCCAGAGAAUCUCAGUACAAGAUACUCCACUUUCACCACGGCGGACUGGAUCAUUUGGCACAAGUUUUGCAUCAGUGGCAUUCCCUGCUGCAUACAAUUAAGUUAGCCAAAGGUUUAGACGAUACUCUACCAUACCGUCAUUUUAUGGUAUGCAGACCGGAAGUAUCAUUGUUAGAAUUGCAUCCCGAGGAAGGACAAGUGCCUAAGCUCACAGAAGAAACAUUUAGGGGUUUAUUUAAUGAAACUGGACAGUUAGAAGAUGAUCUAACUUUAAGGAAGUAUGUAUUUUUCUCGGGAAUGGAUAGGAAUAUUAGAAAAGAAGUAUGGCCGUUUUUAUUACAUGUAUACCCCUAUUUAAGUACGUUUGAAGAAAGGAUUCAGAUUGCCGAAAUUAGGAGACAUGAGUAUGAAGAAAUAAAUAGGAGGAGGUUAGAGCUAAAUGAAAAUAAGCUACAUCAAUUUAGAAGAAAAAUACAAAGUGUUGUAGAGAAAGAUGUAGUUCGGACUGAUAGAGGAAAUCCAUUUUUCGCUGGAGAGAACAACCCUAACCUUGAAGUUAUGAAGAAUAUUUUGUUAAAUUAUGCUAUUUACAAUUCAGGAUUGGGAUAUACUCAAGGCAUGAGCGAUCUUCUAGCUCCAGUUUUAUACGAGCUUCAAGAUGAAGUAGCUGCUUUCUGGUGUUUCGUUGGUUUAAUGCAAAGAGCAGUAUUUGUAGCUACCCCUACCGAUAGAGAUAUGGAUAGAAAUUUAAGAUAUUUGAGAGAAUUAAUAAGGCUAAUGGUACCAAAGUUUUACAAUCACCUGGAGAAACACAAAGACGCGCUAGAGCUGUUGUUCUGUCAUCGGUGGAUACUUCUGUGCUUCAAAAGAGAAUUCACGGAAGGUGUAGCAUUAAGGAUGUGGGAAGCAUGUUGGGCGAAUUACUUAACAGAUUAUUUUCAUCUCUUUCUGUGUUUGGCAAUAAUAUCUGUAUACGCUGACGAUGUUAUAGCUCAAGAUCUGCGUUCAGACGAAAUGUUGCUUCAUUUCAGCUCACUGGCUAUGUAUAUGGAUGGACAGGUCAUCACAAGAAAAGCACGGGGAUUACUACAUCAAUUUCGUCAGAUGCGCGAAAUACCCUGUACACUAGCUGGUCUGUGCACGAGAUGUGGUCCAGGCAUUUGGGACAGUUCACACAGUCCACGCAUAUUCUGCGUGGGGCACGAACAAGCUGGAAUGUGUAUAAAUUGAACAAUGGACUGAGUAUUAAUAUUUGUUUAAAGAAGAUGGACGAUUUGUAUUUGGACAAUACAAUGUUGAUGUUGGUUAUUUAUUAUUUUAGGGUGAGAUGUUUGAAGAUAGGUAAAGGUUUUAGGGAUAAACUGGAUAAUUAUUUUUUCUAUUUAGAAGAAACAACAACUACUAUAAAUAUAUAGAAAUUUAAUGAGUAUAUAUUAUGUAAUCAAAGAUACAAAGACCUUGAUUUGUCCUGAAUUUAAAAAAAAAUCAAAUAUUACUUCUUUUUAUAGAUAUAUGAUUUAGAUAAGCACACUUAAACCAUAUAAUAUUAUAAAACUCUCUAAUAAAGCCCUAAAAAUAAAAAAUAAAACAUUUUUCAUCUAACUCACGAAGAGUAUCAAAAAAGACAUACUUGUAUAUAGGAAACUCUGUUAAUAAUAUAGUUAUCGAACAGAGACAAUCCAAUUUUGGGAAAAUAUGUACCCAGUAGUUAAACAGGUAUGUCAGAGAGUAGCAAAACCACUAUAAUGAAAUGUAUAAAAAAGUUAAUGCAAUUCAGCACAUAAUUGCCUUUUGACCGUGGUUAUUCGAUGGCUCAGAGCAACCUCCCAGAGCAAGUUUUCUGUCUACAACAUUCGUAUCAUCAUCCAAUAAGUAUAUGAUCCAAUGUAAUAUCUUGGCUGCAUAGACUUGGUGAAGACUUACAAAUCACCCUUACUUCUGCUAAGACGUUUACAAAUGUGAUGAAAUAUCUUAAAGAUUGUUACUUUGCGAUACAUUACCAUAGGCUUUUGUGAUAAAAUUUUUGUAAUUUAUAUCAAAUGCAUUGUAAUUAUUUUCUUUUACAAUCGUGCCAAUGGCCUUUGUUUAAUUAAAGUAGAUAUCACUGUCGAAUGGAAAUCUGCUAUAAGCAUAACCUAGUGAAUGCAUAGUGAAAUAAUUUGACUUUUUAACAGGACGGUGCUCCUCCGCAUUAUGGUUUACUUGUUCGUCAAUAUUUAGACCAACACUUUCCACGGCAUUGGAUUGAGAGAAGAGGCAGCAUCGUAUGACCUCCUCGGUCACCAGAUUUGGGACGCCUAAAAAGUAGAAGGAACCAGAGAAGCGUUAUAUGUUUUUAAUGUGUUAUGUAUUAUGUCACCCAUUACUAUUUAAUGUAUAUAGUGAAACCAUUUUUGAAGAAGCAUUAUUAUUUCAAAGUGCGAAAGAUCUAUUAACAACAUAAGAUAUGUAGAUGACACCGUGACGGUGCCAAGCUCUGCUGAACAACUUUAAUUAUUGCUAAACAAAACAAACAGUUUCUGUGAAAAAUAUGGACUAAAAAUGAAUAUAAAAAGACCAAAUACAUGAUAAUAACAAAGAAAACAAAUAUACCAAAAAAAAUACAUUUGGGAAAUGUACCGAUAAAAAGGGUUGAUAAAUACAAAUAUCUAGAAACCUGGAUUUCAGACAAUAAUGAUCAAACAAUUGAAAUAGGAGCCAGGAUAGAAAUAGCAAGAACUGCAUUUGUAAACAUGAAUGCGUGUUUUCGAUACUUCAAUAUGGACUUGAAAGCUGGACAUUGAAGCAAGAACACAUAAAUAAGUUACAGUCCUUUGAAAUGUGGUGUUACAGGAGGAUGCUUAGAAUAGCAUGAACACAGAAGAAAACUAACACGGAAGUAUUGCAAGAAAUAGGCUAAAAAUGCGAAAUAUUAAACACAAUAUAAAUAAGAAAGUUACAAUCUCUGGGACACAUAAUGACGGGACAGCUAUAUGAACUGCUAAGGCUGAUAAUACAGGAAAAGAUAAGAGGAGGAAGGAGUAUAUGAAGAAGGAGAGUGUAAUUUUUAAAGAAUUUAAAAGACUGGUUUAAAUGCAGUUCUAUAAAACUCUUCAGAGCAGCAGUAGAUAGAGUAAAGAUAGUGAUGAUGAUAUCCAACCUUCGAUUGGGAGACGGCACUUGAAGAAAAAGAAAAAGUAAAAUUUAUAGAACACCAUCCGCAUCUUUAGAAGAUUUCAAAUGCUUCGGAAACUAAGAGAACGUUUAAAACAAAACCUUUAUCAUUGUAUGGGCUCCAGAGGUCAUAAGUUUCAUUAUUUGGUCAACUAAGAAAUAAGAAAUCAGAUAAAAAUAUUAAUAUUAAAUUGUGUUUUCUUUUAAUAAAUCAAAGUAUUCGACCGAAUUUAAAAAAUGUAAGACUAAUGUGUAGGGAAUUGCAAAGAUAUUAAAAGGUUAUUUGACCCACAUUGCCAUUAAGAAAUGUUGAGGUGAUUAUUAAACUGGCUUAGAAGUCAAAGUAAAAUAAACGAAAAUAUCAUCAUCACCGUAAGAUAUCAAUGAGAAAAAUCGACGAUUACGGGCAUUCAAAUGAGAAAGAAUACAAAUUAAAUAUAAUUUAUAAUUUUAAUCGUGUCUAUUCAGCGUGUUAGUCCUAACAAUAAAAAGAUUAAGAGAAAAGAUUAUUAGCCAGUUAUUUAUUGUAGAUUGCACAAAUGUACGCAUAACUGAACAAUAUUUUUACUAAUUAAAUAUUUUCCGGACUAAAAGUUUAAUAGUUUAUUAUACUUAUGUAUAGAACUUCUUAAUAUGUCGUAAGAAUUUCUUAAUAUAAUCUUCAUCUUUUAUAACGAUCUGUUACAAUAUUUAUAAUCAUAAUAGUUCAUACAGUUUUUAAGAAUUUUUAUAGAUAAUAUAAAAAAUUCUGAAUUAUUCUUCAAACACCUCAUACAAUAAGUAUUAAAGUACAAAUUUCAUGUUUGUAAAAAUUAGACAGAGAAGGAAAUGCUUUUGCUAGCAACAGGUGCCUUUUAGUCAGUUAGACGUUAGGUUUUGAUAAUCAAUGUUUUGCUGUGUUUAAAACUUAUUUUGUAAUAGAAAUAUUUUAUUUUAAAAUAAAAAUAUCUUCUGCAUUCCAUGUAAUGCAAAUUGUAUCCAACUGGAUGAUUUAAUACCUAUAGUAAGAAAGUACUGAAACUAGUACGAUGCAUGUUUUUUAGUUGAUGUCUUUUUAAUUUACCAAGUCAGUAGUGUGAUAAAGUGGGUAUAAAUAUUAAAAUAGGGAAAUCAAUGUGUUAGAAAGAGAGAAAAGUACCUUUGUUACAUGUAUAAGAGCGAGAACGAUAUAUGUUGACGUCACAUUACGCGAAUCAACUACUAUCCGCUAGUAUAUUCGCGAUUUUUAAUACAAAAUUGAAAGAAAUAUUUAUAUAAAGUGCAUUUGACAUAAGGAAUCCACAAUACUGACUGUCAUAGUUCUGCUAUUAUUACAUAUACUUACCCAAUUAUAAUUAAGUAGAAGUACCACUAUCAGGAUUUAAGAAAAAGUAUCAAAUAAUUAGAGAACCGGCAUAUUAGUGACAGUGAGAUCAAUUGUAAUCCUGAAAGAAUACAAGAGCAGCCGCAGUGCACCUGGAUUAACGUUGAUAGACGGCUAAUACAAUAAACAUAUCCACUAAGAAGUAUUCAAUAUGUAUUCACAGAUCGACUUUAUUCUAACCAAUCUAAGAUUUAGAAAUUCCAUUGUAAGCGUUAAGACUUUUCCUGGAGCAGAUGUCCCCUCAGACCAUAACCUCCUUGUCUCAAAAAUGAAACUGAUGGUAAAAAAGAUAAUAAAUUCCAAAAGUUCUAAGGUGAAUAUUCAGUUACUCAAGAUAAAUGAAAUCCGUGCUGAGGCUUCAACUUGUAUCAAUCAAGAAAUGAAAAAAUUAACAUAAGAAAUAAAAAACAUUGAGAAUCUGAAUAUUAUGUGGAGCUAAAUCAAAGAUUCUGUUAUAAAAACAUAGAAAGAAACUCUACAAAAGAAAACAGAAAGCCGAAAACCUUAGAUGACUCAAGAAAUACUGGAAAUCAUGAAACAAAAAAGAAAAUAUAGAAACAAAAUCCCUAAUAAGUACAGAGAAAAACAUAAAUUAAUAAGGAACAAAAUAAAAGAGGAUAAGGAAAAGUGGAUGAUGGAAACAUGCAUCGAAGUGAAAGAAUUGCAAAAAAAGCAUGAUCAUUAUAAUUUACAUAAAAAAGUAAAAGAAUUAUCUGGAAAAUCUCGAACAAAUACACAUAACCGAUUAAUUGACAAAAACAAUAAACUUAUUAAUAUCCCAAUUGAAAUAAAACAAGUAUGGACUAUAUAUAUCGAAGAUCUUUUCAUGGACGCAAGGAUGGAACCAACACAAAUUGAUAACGAGGAAGCUCCAAUAAAAUUAAAAUCUGAAGUCCAACAUGCUAUAAACAACUCAAAAUCUGGCAGAGCCACUGGGCCUGAUGAAGUUCAUAUCGAGUUGGUUAAACCUUCUUCUUCUUUUUGUGCCACUCCUAUCGGAGAUUGGAAAUCAUCAAGGCUAUUUUGACCUUGUUUACGGCUGACCUAAAGAGUUCAUUAGUGGUGCAGCCAAACCACUCUCUCAAAUUCCGCAACCAUGACAUUCUUCUACGGCCUGGAUUCCGUUUUCCUUCUAUUUUUCC